AUUCGAAUUUCGGCGACCCCGUACAUUAUUUACGGCGCGAGUACGUUUAUGUCACUGUGACAGUUACUUUUAUAGGUGAAAAAGGUUGUUUCGUAUUCGAAGGAGGUUUUAUUUUUCAUUCAUCAUGGCGAGUAUGAAUGCGAGGCUCGCGUUCGCUAUAAUGUCGGCAUCACUGUCAGCAUUUCAGCAUGGCUAUAACACGGGAGUCAUGAACGCUCCAGAAUUUGUUAUGUCGCAAUGGCUCCAGAAGGAAGCAUUAACUGGAACCAAUUUAUCACUAGCCGCAAAGGAUGACCCAGUUGUGACCAACAUCUGGUCUUUGACUGUAUCCAUUUAUUGUGUGGGGGGAAUGAUCGGUGGUGUCAUUACUGGAUUGGUUGCUGAUAGGCUAGGAAGAAAGGGUGGUCUAUUGUGGAACAACCUCCUGGUCUUCGUGGCUGCGAUGCUGGAGGCUCUAUCCAAAACUGCACAGUCCUCAGAAAUGCUAAUAGUUGGCAGAUUGAUAAUCGGUAUUAACAAUGGAUUAAACGCAGGGCUUACACCAAUGUAUUUGGCUGAAAUAUCGCCUGUGGCAUUGCGAGGCUCGAUCGGAACAGUAUAUCAGCUAGUAAUUACAAUAACAAUUCUUCUUUCACAAAUACUUGGGCUAGAAGUAGUAUUGGGGACGGCUAACGGGUGGCCAUGGCUACUCGCUGUGAUAGUGUUGCCAGCAAUUGUACAAUGUUGUACUUUACCGUUAUGUCCUGAAACACCCAAGUUUCUGCUAUUAAAUAAGGGCGCGGAAUUGAAGGCACAAAGAGCCCUUAAUUGGCUCCGCGGCGAUGUAGCUGUUCAUGGAGAAAUGGAGGAGAUGCAUCAGGAAGCAGAAAAGAACAAAAUAAGCAAGAAAGUCACGCUUCGUGAACUCUUCGGAAAUCAGCAACUUCGUCAGCCAUUACUCAUCGCCAUGGUGGUGAUGGUUGCUCAGCAGUUCUCGGGAAUAAACGCGGUCAUGUUCUUCUCCACAAAUAUCUUCACGAACGCUGGCUUGAACGAGGGGCAGAGUCAGUACGCUACAUUGGGUAUGGGCGCCAUGAAUGUGGUAAUGACUGUGAUAAGUCUCCUACUGGUGGAAAAGGCGGGAAGGAAGACCCUACUUCUCAUUGGAUUUAGCGGAAUGUUCGCAACCACCAUUGCGUUGUGUAUUGCUAUUAAAUAUACGACAAUAUCCUGGGUACCAUAUUUAUGCAUCGCAUUGGUGAUUCUUUUCGUAACAAUGUUUGCUGUCGGACCCGGUUCGAUACCCUGGUUCCUUGUUACAGAACUGUUCAACCAAGGCGCUCGACCUGCAGCUUCUUCAGUAGCCGUCACGGUUAACUGGACUGCUAACUUCAUAGUAGCGCAAAGUUUUCUGCCACUUAAGUCAAUAAUAGACACGAACGUCUUCCUCAUAUUUGCUGCUCUUCAGUUCAUAUUUAUAUUAUUCAUAUCAUUCAAAAUCCCGGAAACGAAAAACAAAACUAUUGAGGAGAUCACAGCUAUGUUUAGACAACAGUUGUAAGGCAUUUACGGAGACUUCCAAUCAAUUUUUAUUAUGCUUAUUCGCCUUGCGACCUGGCUAAAGUGUUUCUACCAAAAGCCUUAUGUAACGUCUUCCUGCUAUUAAAUAAACUCCUCAAUCUCGUAGGAUAUAUAUAAUAUUAGCAAAGCUAAUGCAAUGAACAAACAUCACAAUCUACCAUUUUUACACUCAACGUGCGAUUAAAUCGCUAGAUCUGAAUUCGUAUUGAAAUGU